UUCGGAAAGAAGAGUUUCAUGGCAGCCGCAUCGAUGGUCACCAUGGAGAGACAACUGCACCCACGUCAACGGACUCCGCUGACUAUGACUCGUCCAGACUCGGGCGUCGUCCUACUCCCUAAUAACAACGACGGCUACAUCAGCGACAGCGACAUUGUCGACUUCUAUCCAUCGUCAGCGUCGUCGUCGACAACAGGCGGAGCGACCAGAGUGGAGCACUGCAUGAUUUGCUUGGAAUCAACAACAGAUAUUGUGCGGAAUGCUGAAAAGCGACGGUCUAUCAUGGAAGAGAACCGACCCACUGUCGACUUAGACCUGUACGAAGAAGACAUUGGUCGGUGCGCCGCUUGCCCGGCGAUCUAUUGCUACCCAUGCUUCCGGGAAUACAUACGCCACAAGGUUGUCAAUGGUGAAGUUCGCGCGAACCAACUUGUGUGUCCUGGUGUGUGCCGUCUGCCACUGACCAAGCGAACACUGCGUCACAACAUGUCGGAUGUAACCUUCCAGAAGUACAUCGACUUUCUCGAGUUGCAGCAGCAGGUGCUCCAAGGCGCUCGAUACUGCCCUCGUCCCGAGUGCGGUCAGGUCUUGCCAAAGUCGUCUGCCAAGAAAAAUCACAGCCGACGCGUGUACUGCCACGCGUGCGAGAAAGAAUCGUGCUUCAAGUGCGGCUCGGACUACCAUCCGAUUCCCAUGUGCGGGGAUCGCACUUACAAGUCAUGGUGCCGGAAUAACCAUGUUCAAACGUGUCCAAACUGUACUUGGGCAAUCGAGAAGUCUGGCGGGUGCAAGCACAUGUCGUGCACCCGGUGCUCGUUCGAGUUCUGCUGGUACUGCCACCAAGACUGGUCCACUCACAGUAAGGUCAAGUGUUACCCGCUUGCGUACGUUCGAUCGAAGCAUCGUUACUUUGGCCGCACGGUCCCCGUCCGACUCGUUACCAAGACCGUCUUUGCCGGCGUGGCAGCGGGAAUUGCCGUUGCAGGCACAGGCGUUGUGCUGGCGGUUCUGCCUCCCGUCCUGCUGUGGCAGUGCGGAGUAUACGUCAAGGACAAGAUCACAGGUCAGUAGAAGAGUGGUGUUCGAAUUUGCAAGUCGGUUUCGUCAGUAUAGUUUUUGAAACGUCUCGAUGCCUAUCCGGAAUCAUGCACGAAACGCAUUGGCCGAAUACACAUUUAUCCGGAACCGGCACCGUUCGAAACGCCUGAAGCGUCGCCAAAAUAUGUCUUGCAGUAGAAUUUGCAGAAGCCUUUUGAUUGGAUAAAUUUGUACAUUUAUUCCUUCUCCGUG